AUCAAAAUCACGCACCACGCGUUUCGUUUCAGUUCUCAUUUUCAUGUCCACUGCCAACAUGGCCAACAUCACCACCACCACCAACCACGCACCGCCUCUGCAAGCAACGGGCGAAGCAAUCCCCUACAGUCACCCACAAGGGUCCCCUACCAAAGCCAAUUUGUACUCGACGUCCUUCAGUCUUCGGGACUGCGAGAGCUGGUUCUGCCUAGCUGGCGCGUUCUACGUGGCCUCCGUAUGUCUACAAGUGCUUCAAGCCUCCACUGCAUAGCCUCAACCGUCGCAUCCUACGAAACACCUUACGUUAUUUUGUAAUUUACUUCUCGAUCCGCCUUGACAUGUCUGCAAGCUGUUGUUGGCUCAACGAGCGCGGCGGAAUCAUUCGAAUCGAGAACCUUGCUUAGGGCAACACGGAUUUGCCCUAAGCAACACGGAUUUGACUGGGCCCACAUAUGUCACAGUUAAUGUUAUGGCAGCAUCAA